UAUUUGUAGACAGACUGUGUGCACAGUACAUGAGUUAGUGUUGGAUUUAUUACUGUUUAACUGUUUAUCUAUAUGAAUGUACCAGUAUUUAUAAUGGUAUAACCAAGUUUACAAUAAUUGUGUUAGAAAGGUAUACAACUACUUAUCUAUGUCAAGCUAGAAUGAUGAGAGAAUAAAAGCUCCAGGAUUGAUCUCCUUAUGACCUGGGCAUAUGUACAUUUGAGAAUGGAUUAUGGGCUACCGUGUAGACAGUGUGUCUGUAUAUUAUUAUUACUGAUAACAACUCUACUUGGCAGUGAAUCACAGUCUUACUCUCAGUUUGAAUGGGUAACAGGUGCUUGGGGUACAUGUGAAAAUACACAUUGUGGUUAUGGUGGUUUACAACAUAGAGAAGUUUGGUGUAGAAUCAGGAAUGGUAAUUCUGUCCACCCAAUUAACUGUGUUCAUUUCCCUAAACCAGAGGGUAUGCGAGAAUGUUACAAGAAAUGUGUUAAAAGUGAUGUCAUCUUGAAAGAGGAUGUAGGAGAAACUUGGUCAGAUAAUAAUGAUGUCAUCUGGUCUGUGUAUGAAUGGAGUAGGUGUCAAUUGGCGCCAAAUGUGGCAAUGUGUGGACGCAAUGAGGGUGUACGCCAUCGCGUUGUUGUGUGCGAGCAUAAAACAACUAAGGAAAAAGUAGUUGAUUUUCUGUGUGAGAAGAAAGAACCAAAACCAAUAACAAAAGAAUCUUGUGAAUUAUUAUGUAGACAAGACUGUGUUGUAGAUUUGUUUUCUUCGUGGAGUAGCUGUGAUAAUUCCUGUCAGGUUUAUAAUAGAACAAGAACGAGACGGAUAGUUCUGCCCCCUCGGCAUGGUGGAAAACAUUGUCCCCCCUUUUCUGAAAUGCAACCCUGUGAUAAUUGUACUGAUUUUUAUACAUACGCUUUAGAACCAUGGGAACCAUGUCGACCAUUUGAAAAAGGUUAUGCAAAAAAUAUUAAAACUCAUCCAUUAAUUGGAUAUCAAAGUAGAGAUAUUAAAUGUUUAAAUGCCAAAGGGUCAUUAACUGCCUUCAGGCAUUGUUCAGACAAACUUGUAGAUUCUGUUUUACACCAACAUCAGGCAUGUAUCAUUCCACAAGAUUGUAUUGUAUCAGAUUGGUCACAACUAUUACCAUUAAAUGCUAGCUGUGUUGAUGAGAAGGGUAUUAUACCUGGUUAUAUGAUUCGUAAACGUCGAGUUCUACAAUUACCACUCGGAGAUGGUGAAGAAUGCCAAUCAAAUCUCAAUGAAUUUGUUAAAAUCCAGGGAGAAGAUCCAUUCUCUUUAAAACCAUGUAAAAGAACUAAAUGGAUCUUAUCAGCAUGGAGUCCAUGUGAAUCAGUACCAGGCUACAGUCAUUGUGGUACAGGUAUACAGAACAGGCAGGCAAUCUGUGUCAGUCUUGAAGAAGAUGGUAGAGAAAGACCAACAGCAGAUUAUCACUGUGUACAGAAUAAACCGCUGGUAUCACAAGCUUGUCAAGUUGGAUGUAAUUGGGAUUGUUCUGUAUCACAUUGGUCAUCAUGGAGCGAAUGUAGAUCAAGAGAUUGUGAUGAUUAUAUUAGAAAGAAAAGAACAGAUGAAGGUGGAGGUAAAAGACAUCGAACAAGAGAAGUGCUAACUUUACCUGGACCGGGGGGUAAUGCCUGUCCACACCUAAGUGAAACACAAGCAUGUGAACCCAUGGCGUGUUAUAGUUUGAACAUCACUGUAGGAGAGUGCACCACCAACUCACGGACAGAAUGUGGCCCUGGCAGACAACCAAAAUACAAGACAUGUAUCAGUCGAACUGGUGAGAGAGUAUCUGAUAAUUUAUGUUGGGAUUAUGAUAGAGGUGAACCAUCAUAUGAAGACUGUCAUGUACCGUGCUCUACAGAUUGUGUUAUGUCAGAUUGGGGAAUGUGGUCUAAAUGUCCUGAUCCUUGUUCCACUGCUCAGAUCGGCCCCAUUAUUCAUGUUCGGGAACGACACAUUUUGGCUUAUAAUGGUCCAGGUGGUCAACCAUGUCCAAAGGAAAUGCGUCAGAAUGAACCAUGCCCUAUCAGAGUUCAGUGUGCUAUAUAUUACUGGAAAUCUAGUGGAUGGGGGCCAUGUGUACUAGAUAACCCAAAUCAAAAAUGUGGGCGAGGUUUUCAACAACGAGAAGUGACUUGUUUUAAUCAAGAUGGUCAACCAGUCAUCAACAGAAGAUGUGAGGAAAUCGUUCGACCAAAAGAUUCUCAGACAUGUACUAUUGAUUGCCCUAUAGAUUGUACUGUAUCAGAGUGGGCUCAUUGGUCAGAUUGUGGUGUUACUUGUCUCGAUGUCACUGCUCGACAAGUUCUACCUAAACAACGUAGAGUACGCUACAUAUUGCAGUAUCCUGAAAAUAAGGGAAGUCCGUGUCCUAAUGACUUAUUCGAAGAAAGACAAUGUUUACAUUUACCAUUGUGUGAUGAAUACAGAUGGGACAAGACAGAAUGGAGUGAUUGUAUAAUACCUCCUAUUGUACCAUAUUGCGGAGAUGGAAUGAGAGCAAGAAAUGUGACUUGUCGUCAUGCCAAUGGCACAGAUCACCCACUGGAUACAUGUUUACGUAACAUAGGAGCCAUGCCAAAACUUUUAGAGACAUGUCAUGUGUCAUGUGCCAGAGAAUGUCAGCUCUCCGAUUGGUCAAUAUGGAGUGUAUGUGUUGGAGGAUGUAAUGGUUAUAGCCAUAGAACUCGCAAACUAAUAGGAGAAAGCCGAUUUCGGGCAGAAUGUAAAAAUGUAGAGCUGUAUUCAUUAGAUCAAAGAGAAAAAUGCUUGUGCAAUGUUCUUCAUCCUGUUGUGAUUGGAGCAUACUCAGAUUGUAUACUAGAUGAUGCUGUUGGUUCAAAACCAAGAUUUGCUCAAAUGUCAUUUAAAAGUGUUGAAGAAAGAGAUACAAAUACUAGUAAUCGUGGUGGUAGUUUAGUCAAUGCAUAUUGUGGUACAGGUAAAAAAUAUAAAGUCGUUGCCUGUAGGAAUGAUCAACAUGAUUUAGAAAUGGCAUCCAAGUGUUCGCUAAAUGGUUAUGAAGAAGAUAUGUGUGUAAUACCAUGUCCAGUUGAUUGUGAAAUGACAGAGUGGAGUGCUUGGUCUCAUUGUGGGGUUACAUGUGGUGCUGGCAUGCAAGUACGAUUUAGAAGUAUAGCUACUCAACCUGCCAGUGGAGGAAGAAAAUGUCCAUCUUUAAGCGGUUCUAUCAAGGAAACCCAAAGUCGUGUUUGUAGAGUGGAUUGUAAUCAUUAUCUAUGGGAUGAAGGUGAAUGGGAUUCUUGUAUACCUCAAGCUGGUGCUGGUUGUGGUACAGGCAGGCAAAUUCGUCCAGUUAGAUGUCAGUCAAUCAGUGAAACUACAAAAGUAUUAGGCUAUGUGGAUGAUAUAUAUUGUCGUGGUAAAGAUCGACCAUUAGAAACACGCAGUUGUUAUUUAUCAUGUCCUGGGGAAUGCGUUCUGAGUGAAUGGACAUCUUGGUCACUCUGUAAACAGCCUUGUAAUGGUCAACAGACACAGAAGCGGACUAGAAAACGUAUGCGUUCAUCUUCUCAACACUAUUCUAGUGAAAGUCAGUGUGGUAAAUUGAUAGAAGAAAGGCUGUGUCGGAAGGGAGAUAACUGUAUUGAAUAUAGUUGGGAGAUAUCUAACUGGUCUACAUGUCUUGUUAAUGGUGGUUAUGAAACAUGUGGUGUAGGACAUAAAGAACGUUACCCUAUAUGUCGUAAUGGAGAGUCGAAAACUGUAUCCAAUUAUUAUUGUGAAAAGAUAUUUGGAAUGAUAAGUGAACCACUUGUGUCAUCGUGUGAGAUACCAUGUGACAUUGACUGUCUUCUUUCUGAUUGGUCCGAUUGGAGUUUCUGUAGCAAAAGUUGUGGUCUAGGAAUUUCUACAAGACAUAGAACAAUAAUACAGUCACCUAUUGGUAAUGGUAGAAAAUGUCCAUCUACAUUUCAACAAAGUAAACCAUGUUUUCUCACAGGCUGCUAUAAAUGGAAAGUAUCAGAAUGGUCAACAUGUUUAAGAGAGAAAGGUGUAUGUGGUAGCAGCUUUAGGUUGAGGAAUGUUACUUGUGUCGGUGAUGAUGGUUUAUCAGUCAACUCUUCAAGAUGUCCACCAGAUUUAGAAAAAUUGGUCUUAACUACUAAAGAAAUCUGCCAUGUUCCUUGUCCUGGUGAAUGUAUGUUGAGUGAUUGGACAUCAUGGACUCUAUGUUAUAUAAACUGUCAAGAUUUUAAAAAGGGCCAUAAAAAUGGAGUAAGAGUUAGAUCUCGUUCUAUAUUGGCUAGUCCAAGUCAAGACAAUGCACUGUGUGAUGAUAACUUAUGGGAAGAAAUGCCGUGCAAUGCAGAUAAAUGCCUUACCUUUGAUUGGCGUAUUGGGAAAUGGAUUGCUGGCCAUAGGACUGUUCAGUGUCAUAGAUCAGAUGGUCUCUUAGUUGAAGGAGGAUGUGAUGAGAAUAAUAAACCACAGGAUGUGUUAAAAUGUGAUCCAGUAUGUACAAAACAUGCUGAUUGUAUAGAUACAAAUGUAUGUCAGUGUUUUAUUCAUUUUAAACCAGUUUAUAUUAAUGGAAUUAUAACAGAUUGUGUAAUGGAGGCUAAUGAUACAGAUAUUAUAGAAACAACUACAUUAACAUUACCAGCUGGUCCAGGUAAUAUAUGGAUGUAUGCUGUAAUAGCUGUUGGUACUAUAUUUGUUAUAGCGGUAGCAGCUGCCUUAUAUAAUAUGUGUGAGCUGUUUCGCACUGGGCCGCGACCUAGGAAAAAGACGGAGGGAAGUAUUAAAAGUGACAAUGUCUCGAAUGUUGUUGAUAAAGAAGCCAUGUGCAAUGAAAACAAUGAAAUGCCCCAUAUGGAUGCUGAAACCAAUAUAGAUAAAAUUCCAGAUAAUAAUUCAAACGUAGGUUUACUAUCUGAAUGUGUGACUCAUUUGUGCAAUUCAAAAACACUAACAUGCUCGUUUGGGGAGUUUUGGCCCAGAAUGUGUAAUUGUAAAUGUUUGUUGUGUAAUAUAGCGUGUGUGCCAUCUGUGGAUAAUUCCAAGAGAUAUAUGGAAGUAUCUACUGAUUCCAGCAUGUGUGUGAAUUCCUUACAGCAUGCAUGCCGUUUAGCUGCAGAAAGUGAACAAAAUUAUAAACAAUAUGUGAUGUGUUCUGAGAUUCCACAAACAGAAGCAACAACAAUACAGAUGACCACUGAAGCUCAAUGUAGCUCCUCUUCAAACUCAAUUGCUACUAGAAAAAUAGGCUCAACAUGUACUGAUUCCUUCCCUAGCCUUCCUGAAAUAGAACUAGAUAUUCUUAAUGAACGCAUGACUGAAACCUCUUCCCCAACUGAUGAUUUUUCUAGUGAUGAUUUUUAUAAUAUGUAUAUUCAACCAAAGCCUAAUAAUAACUAUGCAAUUCCUAAUAAAUUAAGAGACCAAGCAGUCCAAACUAGCAAUGAAUACUUAGAUAAUAAAAACAAAGACAAAACAUUGUGUCCAAUUAAUUCCCAUGGAUAUGCCAUUUCAAAAACUCACCCUAUGAAUUCCAGGAAUGACAUUUUCUCCAAUUCUGCCAACCAUAGAUCUGUUAAACAAAAAGUGAUUGAAAAUUUCUCACAUGUAAAUAGAGACUAUAAAACUGGUCCGACAAGAGAAAUGUAUGUAAUAAAAAACAAUGGUAUUAAAAAACUUAAAGUUUUAUCUUCAUUAGACUCCACAGAAAAUAAAUUAGAAACUUUUGUUUGAUUUACUGUGAAUUAAAAUAGAAAUAAAUGUGGGAAUGGUAAGACAGCUGAAAUAAAUGCAAUAACUAAUUUCAUCAACAUUGAUUAUGCCGCAUAGAACUGUCUCUUGGUAUUCACGGCUUAUCAAUCAAAGAUUGAUGAUUCAUGGCGUCAUCUUUCAUACCUACUCAUUCUACAUUCAGUUAAAUAAAUCCUUAUUUAUUUACAAUAGAUUCUUGUAGUUACUUUGUUAUUGGCACAAAAUAGCAGUAUAUUUGAUAUUGAUUAGUGUAUUUAGAUUUAAAACACAAUUAUAAAUAUUAUACACUAUAAUAAAAAUGAUACUAAAUUACAUGUCUUGUUUUACAGAAUUUUAAAAUUAAAUAAGACAAAACCACUGCUUUAGAUAUAUUUUAUACUGUUAAUCUAUAUUACAAGCUAAACUACAAAGAACAUACACACUAGGUAUAUUAUGAUUCUUGAUCAUAAUAAGAAAAUAACAGAGUAAAGUUAUUAAACAAGCUAAAUCUCAGUAAUAUCCACAAUCUUUGGCAUUAAAAAUAUGUAUUAGAAUUUAACAUUGGUCCAUUUCAAUCAAUAUUAAUGUUGUUAUAUCGGCUCCUGAUAUCCAAUAUUUAAUAUACAAUAAAAAUGUUAAAAUCAGUUCCCAACAUCAUGGUAUCAAGCUGUAUUUGUAAUGAAGAGGAUAAAAGAACAAAUUACAAAGCAAAAAAUAUCCCAUAUUCAACUUGGAUUGCUCACAUAGGUAUUGUAGAAAUUACAAUAAAUAAUUGAAUGUAAAAUCAGUUUAUAAACACAUUACAUUAAUGUGUGUUUUCCCAUUUUAAGGGUCCAAAAAAUAGAUGUUUAGCAGGUUUAGCUCCUUUAAAGUCUCUGAACAUCAUCUCUGGGAUUUGCAAUACAUGUAUUGUACAAUUGGAAUCAUUAAAAUGGUUCAGUUCCAUUUAGUUUUUACAAUGGCGAAAUGAUAAUUUUGCAAUAUUCAGCAUAUAGCUAACUCUGCAUAUGAUAUAAAGAAGUCAGCAGCAUUUAAAUGUUGGGUAAAGGCUUUUGAUGGGCCACUUUGUUAUCAGAUUGGAACCAAAGCAGGAAAAUUUUAAAAUGUUAAAUAACUAAUUUUAGCAUGGAUUAAGUAGAGAAAAAUUAGACAUUGUCCAGAAAUGCAAAUGGAUAUCAUCAGCAUCUUUAAGAAAAACAUAUAAAAUGUAUUAAUAUGCUAUGCAAUGAACAGAUGCUGCCCCCUAUAUUAUAUUACUGUUGAAAAAGUUAGAUAUAAAAUAUAUGCUCAAGACCUGCUACUAUAUGUUUUAUUUUAAAUGAAAAGUAGGCUUAAACACUGCUUAUUGUUGUAUCUUUUGUUGAUGUAAGUUUUUGUUAAAUACUAUAUAUAUAUUUUUACUGUUUAAUUAUUUAAACAUACAUUAUGCAAGAGCUGGGGGGGUUGGAUGGCCGAAUGGUUAGCACGUGCGUGCUGUAUCAUAAGGCCUGUCAUUGAGUCAACUGGUGUGGUUUCGAAUCCUGGCUGUACGUGACAAGGAGUAGGGUCCCUGUCCAACCUCGUGGGUUUUUUCCGGGUCCUCCGGUUUCCUCCCACUGCUAAAGACCCCUACGCGCAAGUGAAUUAUUGAAAUAAAAUUAAACCAUGUGUUAGUCUCGAAAUGACCUAGUUUGCCUAUUGCAGGUCUUUCUUUAGGCCUGAAAUGUUAUAUAAACUAUUAAAUAGACAUUAUUUAACUUUUCCAAACCAUAAUCAACUCUCGAUGUCAUCUUAUGUGUUGGAUUUCCCCUGGAAUUGAAUCCGAUCUGCUGCUGAAGGCUCAUUGACUUUAGUUAUGAUGAUCGAGGCUAGGCUUAAAAUUCAAAAGCUAAUAUCUUGGUUUAAAGUGGAGCAAUUUGACUGAAAUUUUCAACAUAUUCUAUUUACGUUAUCUAUUUUUUAACUAUUAUAGCAAGAACAGUCAACACUUUAUCUAAUCUCCCAUAAUGCCUCUUUGAUAAUAUACCGGGUAAAUGAAAACAUAUAAUGCAGCUGAAAUGCGUUUCCUGGGAAGUUUGUUGUCUGUAUGGGGGCACAAGGAGUAAAAAGUAAAAAUCACAAGUCAGUAUAACAUUUGUGACCACCUGUAGCAGCAACAAAUGCCAUGCAUCAUUGGCACAUGGAGGAGAUAAUUUUUAAGUAUCCCAAAAGCUGUAAUAUCUGAUGAUGUUACAGUCAGACAAGCAAGAUAAUUAACAUUUACCCAGGGGCGGAUCCAGAGGGGGGGUUGGGGGGGGGGGCGAAACACCCCCCUGCUCAGUUACAUAUUUUUUUUGUAAAUCAAUACUUUUUAUGAGAAAGGUUUCUCGGCCGUGUGCUUUAUCCUUUAUCGUCAGAUUUGGGACAGGAUGGGCACUCAAAGCAUGAGAUAAUAAUAUAGACAUUAUGUGAUAUCACAAUUAAUGCUUUGCAUCCAUGAAAUUGAAUCACAAUGUCAUUGUAUUAAUUCAUAAUAAAAAUUGACGUCAAA